AGAAGCACAAAAUGUCCACGGUGAAGUGACCUGAUAGAAUAGAGAAGCUGGAAACCACCAAAUCUAAAAUCCCCCCUGCAAGCAAAGAGAAGGAGAAGUCUUCCUGCUCCAGCAGGAAGGUUUUACAGUACUAACCAGUACCACCGCCAGCCUUUGAGUAUGUUUUCACGCCUGACCCAGCCCUCACACCUUUCACCCCACUUCCCAAGGGCUCCUGGUGGGGAUGUAGCUAAAACGAGUCACCGCUCCGGGGCGCGGUGCCCGCCCUGGAGCUGCACCUGUUCUGUGGGUUGCUCCUGCUCUCAGCAGCGGGCACAGCCUCAGCAGCUAACAGCAGCCCCGGGCUCCCCGCCUGCACCCGUGGGGCUGCUCAGGUGCUUGUGUGCCCCGGUGCGAGCUUGGCCUCGGCGGAGCAGGCUGGUGAAAGCAGCGGUGCCGUACACGUCCCGGGAGCUAUAGCCAUGGAGAACCUGAGCAAUGCGAACAGCAGAUUUGCACUUGAUCUCUUCAGAAGGGUUAAUGAGAACAACCCAACAGGAAAUGUUUUCUUCUCUCCUGUCAGUGUUUCUGCAGCUCUGGCGAUGGUCCUUUUAGGGGCCAAAGGUAAUACAGAGGCACAGGUGCUGAAGACACUUCAUUUUGAUGAAGUUGAAGACAUUCACUCCAGAUUUCGGACUCUGACCACAGAUAUAAACAGAAGGGAUGCUUUCUAUCUCCUACGGACUGCUAAUCGGCUUUUUGGAGAGAAGUCCUACAGCUUUUUGCCGGAUUUCCUGACUAAUGUUCAGAAAUCAUAUGGAGCUGAUCUGGCUACAGUUGAUUUUCUUCAGGCUUGUGAUGAAGCCCGGAAGGAAAUUAACCAGUGGGUAGAGGAGAAAACUGAAGGUAAAAUCCCUAACCUGCUGUCUGAAGGCUCAGUUGAUGCCAUGACCAAGCUUGUUCUGGUGAAUGCUAUUUAUUUCAAAGGAAACUGGGCAGAGAAAUUUGAAGAAGCCAACACCGUUGAGAUGCCAUUUCGACUGAAUAAGAAUGAAAGAAAAACAGUGAAAAUGAUGUAUCAGAAAAAGAAAUUUCGUUUUGGGUACAUCUCUGACAUGAAGAUCCGUGUUUUGGAGCUGCCUUAUGAGGGAAGAGAACUUAGUAUGAUCAUCCUGUUACCUGAUGAUAUUGAAGAUGACUCCACUGGACUGCAAAAGCUGGAAAAGCAGCUCACCUUAGAGAAGCUCCAGGAAUGGACAUGUCCAGAGCAUCUAUACUCAACUGAUGUUCAUGUGCACUUGCCAAAAUUUAAGCUAGAAGAAAGCUAUGACCUUAAAUCAGAUUUAAUUGCUAUGGGUUUGCUGGAUUUAUUUGAGAGUGCCAAGGCUGACUUGUCAGGAAUGUCAGGGGCACGUGACCUUUUCCUCUCUAAAAUUGUCCACAAGGCUUUUGUAGAAGUGAAUGAAGAAGGCACGGAAGCUGCAGCUGCCACUGCUGGCAUUGCUAUGCUCUGCAUGGUUAUGGAAGAGGAUUUCAAUGCUGACCAUCCUUUCCUUUUCUUUAUUCGCCACAACCCAACUCAAAGCAUACUUUUCUUUGGCAAAUAUGCUUCUCCAUGAAAGAUAAUCUGUCAGUUGCAGAGUCAUUCCUGCAGCAAUUGACAGAUACUUUGCUCAUGAAUGAGCUGGAUUUUGACACAAAGUUGAGGCUCCUGUCUUGUUCUUAGUAACUGUCACAGAAGUUCUGCAUUUCUUGUGAAAACAAUCCCAGAGAACCUGAUUCUUAAUUUUUUUUUCUUCUUCUAGAGAUUCAGAACAUCAUUAGUCACUAGGAAAUAACCGAGACAAAUUUAACUGUAGGCAUAAGAAAUCUUCUUUUGAAAUUGGAUGAGAAAUAGAAAUAUUAUUAGAAGAAACUUGUGACUUUUAAGACACCCAUUCACCCUGUCUCUCUCUUUCCAUGGGUUUCCCUGUGUUUGCUGUUAAGGCUGACAAACCCCCGCUAUAUCGACUUCAAUGUUGACUGGUCCAGUCAUUCCUUAUGCACAUGCACUUGAAAAGCUAUGUCUUCCCUGAAGUCUUGCUUUUCAGAGAUGCAUUAAUAAAAUACUUCUAGGCACCAAAAGGCAUGCUCGUGAACAGCUGAGUUUACCCAGUUCUGUCAUGGAGUAGAAGGUCAGAUAACAUUUGUUUGGAGACAUCUAUUAAUAGAGAAAGGAUUAAGCUAUUUAAACAAAAGCAACCCCACCCCUUCCAGACAUUACCCAGAAAACUUAUAAUACAGCUUUUAAAUGAGGAGUAGGAGGAGAAAUGAGUAAUAUCUUUAGGUGACAUAAAGGCAAUUUUUCAAAUACAUAGUUUGGUGCCAUUUUUGUUAUUGAAAGAUGUGUGAACACCUGUCGGGCUAGGAAGCUUUAAAUGCUGGCAGGUAAUGGGUACCUUCCUGCAAGCUUUCAGUACGGUAUAGCUUCUGUCCAGAACCUGUGCCAUCUCCAAAAACAAAACAAAACAACACCUCUUCUUCAGCUUUCCAGCAGAUGACUACCAAUAAUCUGCAGCAAAUAAUUGAUGUUUUUUUUUUAUGUAUUCUUUAUGUAUAUUCAACAGUUAUUGAGCUCUCAAUUCCACUACCUCUUUAUUCAUUAAUUCUUGAUACUGUGCAACAACCUUUUGCUGGGUAGCCACUGUAAUUACACACUGCUGACAUUGUGUUUAUUUCUGGAUAUUAUUUACCUGUUUCACGUAUAUGCUGGGUACUGUUUCUAAUGUUUACCUGUACAACCUCAGCUCUAAGUGGGGCAAAAUCAUUUAUAUAACUGCAAACUGCAUAAUAAUUUUGUCUUUAAGUAACCAAUAAAGAAUUUAUAAGUUUGUGUUCAAAAUGGAAA